GGCGGCCUUAGGCUUCUUUUCUGAAGGCCGUGACGUCAGCCCACAGGGUGGAGCUUGUAGCAUAAAAGAGAACGCGUACUUCGAUCUGUAUCAGUUACUAGCUCAUCCUCAGCAUGUCUCCGAAGUUCAUCAUUUUUGCCGCCCUUGUGGCCGUGGCCAUCGCCCGCCCUGAUCAGCCCCCAGCCUAUGGCUAUGCCGCCCCUACACCUGCUCCUGCACCUGCCAAGUACGACUUCAACUACGCCGUCAAGGACGAAUAUUCUGGAAACGACUUCGGCCACCAGGAGGCUCGCGAUGGCUAUGACACCCAGGGAUCCUACUACGUUCAGCUUCCCGACGGUCGUCUGCAGAAGGUCACCUACACCGUCAACGGCGACUCUGGCUUCGUGGCCGAGGUCAGCUACGAGGGCGAGGCCCAGUACCCUGCCGAACAGCCUGCUUACAAGCCCGCCCCUUCAUAUGCUUAGAUCGAAAAUCUAGUUCGUCUGUGAUAUUUAUUAAAUCCAUUGUUAAUGUGUAAAUAAAAC